AUGUUGCAAACGAUUUUUUAUCUAAUACUCUUUCUUUCAAUUUCUACUUUAUCUCAGACAACCGAUGCACCGAAAGGCAAUCUUGAUCGAUUGCGCGAACUAUUAGCUGAAGAUGAUCCAGAAAAGAUUCGCUUUUGCGCUUUUCAACCGUCAGAUUCGGUGAAUUGUGAUACAUGUGUGGCAAAAGGAGAUGAAUGUUUUUUUUGUGGAGGCAAAAAACAGCAAUGUCUCCCCUAUUCGGUCACUUUCCCGAAUUGUGAUCUCGAUGAUGUGAAGCAUAAAAAUUGCUGGGUGAACUGGACAGCGGUGAUCAUCGUCGGUGCAGUGGCAGCCGGCCUUUUGCUGAUCAUCGUUAUUGUUGUGCUCUGUUGUUGCAUAUGCAAGUUGCGUACUUGGAGAAAUCGACGAAACAAAGUCUAUUGGCAAAGGAAAGAUGAGAAACAUCAAAUGCGAAUGAAAGAUAUUGAGACGAAGGGCGCUGAGAGAAGCUCGCAAAGAGCUCGCGAAAUGGAUUACUAUCGAGAAAAAUACGGCCUUAAAAAGAACACGACCGCAUCU